AUUGUUUCCAGUUUCCAAGCAAUGGCAGCCAUUACCUGAUCAGCACUAUAGUCAGUCUCUGCUUGUGGUGCCAGAAGUUACUAGAGUGCUUUUCUCUACUUUCACAGGGCAGAUUUAUCUGUGCCACGAGGGAAGUGUCUUCUGCCCCAGGGGCAUGGGCCAAAGGCAGAACUAACUGCCUGAAGUCUUUGCUCUCAGGAUGCAGCUGGAGACAGCCCAAGACGGCAAGAUGUGGCUCGGGGUGCUGCUGGCACUUAUGCUUUGUCCAGGCCUUGAAGGACAAGAAAACCCCUUCACCAUCAACUACAUCCACAUGAAUAUCCUGCCAGGACUGGAGGUGCAAAAUGGGGAGAACCUGACCCUGCAGUGCGUCGUGGACAUCAGCACCACCUCCCAUGUCAAGCCUCAGCACUGGGUGCUAUUCUAUAAGGAUGAUGUGCUGUUUCACAACGUCUCCUCCAUGAAGAACACGGAGAGUUAUUUUAUUCCCCAAGCCCGGGUCUGUGAUGCAGGGACAUAUAAAUGCACCGUGAUUCUGAACAACAAGGAGAAAACCACAUUGGAGUACCAGGUGUGGGUGAAAGGAGUGUCCGAUCCCAGAGUGACACUGGACAAGAAAGAGGCAAUAGAAGGCGGGGUCGUGACGGUCAAUUGUUCGGUCCCAGAGGAAAAUCCCCCAAUAUACUUCACAAUUGAAAAACUCAAGCUAGAUGCAAAAGGUUUCAAGCAAAAAAGAGAAAAAGUUUCUCAGAACCAGAAUUUUAUGGUGAUGGAAUUCACAGUGGAGGAACAGGACCAUGUCAUAUUGUUCCAAUGUCAAGCCAGGAUCUUUUCUGGGACCAAUGUGGAGAUCUCUAAAGCCAUCAAGAGUGAACUGGUCACCGUGACGGAAUCCUUCUCUAAUCCCAGAUUCCACAUCAGCCCCAAGGGAGUGAUCACAGAAGGAGAUCAGCUCAACAUUAAGUGCACCAUUCAAGUGACACACCUGGUGCAGUCAUUUCCAGAAAUCAUAAUCCAGAAGGACAAGGCGAUUGUAGCACACAAGACGCAUGGCAAUGAGGCCACCUACUCAGUGAUGGCCAUGGUGGAGCAUAAUGGCAACUACACGUGCAAAGUGGAAGCCAGCCGGAUAUCCAAGGUCAGCAGCAUCGUGGUCAACAUAACAGAGCUGUUUUCCAAGCCGAAGCUGGAAUCUUCCGCCACCCGCCUGGAUCACGGUGAAAGCCUGAACCUGUGGUGCUCCAUUCCAGGAGCACCUCCAGCCAACUUUACCAUCCAGAAGGAAAACACGAUUGUGUCACUGUCUCAAAAUUUCACCAAGAUAGCCUCAGAGAGGGACAGAGGGACAUACACCUGCAACGCAGGCAUUGGCAAGGUGGUCAAGAAAAGCAACGCAGUCCAGAUAACUGUGUGUGAAAUGCUCUCCAAGCCCAGGAUUUUUUAUGACUCCGGCCCUGAGGUGAUAAAAGGACAGACCAUAGCAGUCAGUUGCCAGUCCGUAAAUGGAACCACACCUAUUAGCUAUCACCUUGUAAAAGCAAAUAGCAUUUUGGAGAGUUGUAACAUGGACUCCAAUGAGCCUGCGGUAUUCAAAGACAAGCCAACAAAAGAUGUAGAAUACCAAUGUAUCGCAGAUAAUUGUCAUUCCCAUACUGAAAUGAUCAGUGAAGUUCUGCGGGUCAAGGUGAUAACCCCUGUGGAUGAGGUCAAGCUCACUAUCCUGCUGAAUGAAGAGGUGGAGUCUGGGAAGGAGGUUGUGCUUCGGUGCUCCGUGAAUGAUGCCUCUGGUCCCAUCACCUACAGGUUUUACAGAGAAAAGGAGGGGAGUCCCUUCUACCAGAUCAUCUCAAAUGAUACCUAUGCCAUUUGGCACAAGGAGAAGGCUAGCAAGGAACAUGAGGGACAAUAUUACUGCACAGCCUUCAACAGAGCCAACCUUGUUAAAAGCAAUCCCCAAAGCAACAUACUGACAGUCAGAGUCUUUCUUGCCCCAUGGAAGAAAGGACUUAUUGCCGUGGUUGUCAUCGGAGUGAUAAUUGCCACCUUGAUACUUGGAGCCAGAUGCUGUUUUCUGAAGAAAGCCAAGGCCAAGCAGACGCCAGUGGAGAUGGCCAGGCCAGCAGCGCCACUUCUGAAUUCCAGCAAUGAGAAGAUGUUGUCAGAUCCCGAUACCGAAGCCAACAGACAUUACGGUUACAGUGAAGAUGUUGGAAACCAUGCAAUGAAAGCAGCAAAUGAAAAUAAAGAGCCUCUGACCAUGGAUGUGGAAUACACAGAAGUGCAAGUGACCCCAUCUGAGCCUUACCAAGAGAAAAACAGGAGCCAAAAUAAAGCACCAUCCGGAAACAUCCCUGACAGCAGAGACAAACAGCCUGCUGGCCUGGGUCUGGAAACCAAGGGCACAGAGACGGUGUAUAGUGAAAUCCGGAAAACUAAUCCUGAUUUCGUGGAAAACAGAUAUUCUAGAACGGAAGGCUCCCUUGAUGGAACUUAGGGCUGCGAGGACAGAUGUUCCUCCUUGGAAGGACACCCAUGUUCCAAGAAGAGGAGAUCAUUCCUGUAUUCCAAGAGCUCUGUGCAUUUAUUUAUGAAACUGCCCUGCUCCCACUGAACAGAGCAAUUCCUCAGGCCAAGUCACCAGUUCUGAAAUCCAUCUGCCUACAUUUAUGGGGGGUAUAAAGAGAUACGGAGGGGCUGGUUAAGUCCCCCCACAGCGCCCCCCUCUCACCAAGCUGGGGCAUCCUCAGGAGUGGGGAGCCGCAGAAGGAGGUUCAGGGUUAAACGGCCAUUGGGAUAUUUUGAAACUUGAAUAUUUUUGUCUUGCACGGAGAUCAAGAACUUGUCCAAGUAUCUUCACACACAGAAACCAUUUUUUUGUUUUGUAGCCAAUCGCUUCUAGCGAAUGGCUGGGCUGAGGGGCUAUUUCUCUCUCUCUCUCUCUCUCUCUCUCUCUCUCUCUUUGCCUUUGGUCCUUCAAAGGCCUGUGGUUCUGGGUGGUCCUUGUUCCUCGGAAGUGAACAGCACUGACCAGACGGUGCCCCCUGUUCCCUCCACGACCUCGCCUGCCACAAAUGUCACAACAAAGCGGCUUGGGAGCGACCCCUUUGAGAUGCCAACCUGAAGAUCAGGUUCAUUCCGGGCAAUGCACAGAAGAGAAAAUGAAGUCGGACAGAGCACAGAUGUUCUUAUGCUGUUUUUCUAUACCCUUUCUUUCUUUUCCUUUACCAUGCUGCAGGCUGCAAGAUGGGAAGAUGUUUGCCUACAGCAAAUAUUGUUUUUAAUAGAAAAAUGAAAUGCGUAUUUUUCUUACUAAUUUUUUUUUAAUUUAUUCCUUGCUAAAGAAAUGGUCCCCUGAGGUCUUACGAUAUUUCUGAGGGUGUCUUGAGGGGGUGGACGAGUAGCCGCGGCCAUUUUGCGGGGGAAUUUCACCAGUGAGCACACCUAGCCGAGAUCAUUUUCCCCCCACGUCCCGUCCACCUCAGUGACACAGCUGCAGGGUAUUGCACUAAAUAAAUUUGAUCUUUACUCUUCACA